UCUGCAGCGUUAAAUUUAGCCGCAAAUUCUCCUCCUUGCUGAUUUCACCUACGAUCCUGAUCUACGCUCAGGCAGUCAACGUACGACUUCCCCCAUUCACCGUUCAGACGAAUCAACCAUUAAUAGCCCAGUCUAACUCUCGUGCAUCGACGGAAUAAUCAACAGAUCGGUAACGAGUCGCGGUUCUAGUGUCCCUCUUUUUUUUGAGUCGUCCACCACCGAAUCGACUCUCUCUUUGUAUCGGCGAUCUGUCCCGUCCCACCUCCCCCUCCAAAUCAAGUCAAGCUCUCGUCAAGUGUUUCCACAACAUCUAUAGGACGACCCAGAGCACGCUUUCGUACACGGGGUAUAACAAAAAACACAUUGCGACAUCCCACUUGUCAAAUUUUUGGCCCCUCGUUUUCUUUGCUUGAUUUUUCCACAUCCCGCACACAACCCGGCGCUGGCCCGCUUCGACCAGAGAGCUCGACAAAAUGGCCGAACUCGACACUCUGGACAUCAUUGUCCUCGGGCUGAUCCUUUGCGGCACUAUUGCGUAUUUCACCAAGGGCAAAUACUGGGGGGUAGUCAAAGACCCUUACGCAGCUUCAUUUGCCAACACAAAUGGACCCAAGACAGGCAAGACGAGAAACAUUGUGGAGAAGAUGGAGGAGACGGGCAAGAAUUGUGUGAUCUUCUACGGCUCGCAGACAGGUACCGCCGAGGACUACGCCUCCAGGCUUGCAAAGGAGGGAAAGAGCCGCUUCGGACUCGAGACAAUGGUUGCCGAUCUUGAGGACUACGACUACGAAAACCUGGACACCGUCCCGAGCGACAAGAUUGUCAUGUUUGUUCUCGCCACCUACGGAGAGGGCGAGCCUACCGACAACGCCGUGGACUUUUACGAGUUCAUUACCGGAGAGGAUGUCUCGUUUUCCGAAGGCAGCACUCUUGACAACCUGAACUACGUCGCUUUCGGUCUCGGCAACAACACCUAUGAGCACUACAACUCCAUGGUACGCAACGUCAACAAGGCCUUGGAGAAGCUUGGUGCGCACCGCAUCGGCGACGCAGGAGAGGGCGAUGACGGCGCUGGCACAAUGGAGGAGGACUUCCUGGCCUGGAAGGACCCCAUGUGGGCCGCCCUCGCUGAGAAGAUGGGUCUUGAAGAGCGCGAGGCCGUCUACGAGCCCGUCUUUAGCGUGACUGAGCGUGAGGGACUCACCGUCGAAUCUCCCGAAGUCUACCUCGGCGAGCCCAACAAGAUGCACCUGGAGGGCACCGCCAAGGGACCCUUCAACGCUCACAACCCAUACAUUGCCCCCAUUGUCAAAUCGUAUGAGCUUUUCAACGUCAAGGAUCGCAAUUGUCUGCACAUCGACGUCGACGUCAGUGGCUCUAACCUGACGUACCAGACCGGUGACCACAUCGCAGUCUGGCCUACUAACCCGGGCGAGGAGGUCGACUGCCUCCUCGAUGUGCUUGGGCUUACGGACAAGCGUGACACCGUAGUCAGCGUCAGGCCUCUUGAGCCAACCGCAAAGGUUCCCUUCCCCGCACCUACGACGUACGAUGCCAUUCUCCGCUACCACAUGGAGAUAUGUGCUCCGGUCUCGCGUCAAUUCAUUGCCACACUGGCCGCCUUUGCGCCCGAUGAGGAAACCAAGGCGGAGAUGACCAAGCUCGGCGGUGACAAGGACUACUUCUCAGCAAAGAUCAGCAAGCACUACCUCAACAUCGCACGAGUACUUUUCAAUGUUGGCAAGGGCAAGAAGUGGAACAACAUUCCUUUCUCCGCUUUCAUCGAAGGUCUCACAAAGUUGCAGCCCAGGUACUACUCGAUUUCGUCCUCCUCGUUGGUUCAGCCCAAGGUCAUCACCAUUACUGCUGUUGUAGAGAAGCAGGAGAUUCCUGGCCGCGACGAUCCAUUCCGCGGUGUUACUACCAACUACCUCUUGGCCCUCAAGCAGAAGCAAAAUGGAGAACCCCACCCAGAGCCGUUUGGUCGCACAUUUGCGCUCGCGGGACCCAGGGACAAGUACGAUGGAAUCAAAGUUCCCGUCCACGUCCGCCAUUCCAACUUCAAGCUGCCCUCAGACUCGACGAAGCCCAUCAUCCUUGUUGGACCGGGAACUGGCGUGGCUCCGAUGAGGGCUUUUGUCCAGGAACGCGCCAAGCAAGCCGAGAACGGCGAAGAAGUUGGAAAGACGAUAUUGUUCUUUGGCUGCCGAAAGUCUACCGAGGACUUUUUGUACAAGGAUGAGUGGGAUGAAUACAAGAAGGUUCUUGGCGACAAGUUCGAGCUUGUCACCGCUUUUUCGAGAGAGGGUCCCAAGAAAGUCUACGUCCAGCACCGCCUGAAGGAGAGGGCUCAAGAGAUCAACGAGCUCUUGACCAAGAAGGCUUACAUCUACGUCUGCGGUGAUGCGGCCAACAUGGCUCGCGAGGUCAACUCUGUCCUGGGACAGAUAAUAGCGGAGCAGCGUGGCAUUCCGGAGGCCAAGGCCGAGGAAAUCGUCAAGAACAUGAGGGCGGCAAACCAGUACCAGGAGGACGUCUGGUCCUAAACGGAACAACGACUCGAAACCUGGGCCCCCGUCGUAGUUGCCCAAUCGGCCACUUCUUCGCUAAAUUAUCAUGCAUGAAUUUUGGAGUUUAUAGAAAAUUUCGGUAUUUUUGUUGGAUAAUAUCCACUCACACUUUCAUCUGAAGAUCCCAGCCCAGCACGAAUGAGCGAGCUACUGGGCACUUGGAUAGCAGUGAAUAGAUUUGAAUGGGGUUUUUUUUUCUCACUUUAAUAUACCAGUUAAAUAACGACAUACACUUGUUUCACGUCAGCCAUAGAUUAUUUUUCUGUUUCAAGUGUCGGUUCCUCAACGAUUUUUAACUCGUCUUCUCACAUGGUUGUCCUGAGUAGAGCGAAGCCUAAAUGAAGAUUUGUCCGAGAGUAACGGAAGUCCACCGUCGGGGUAAAGCCGUCCAAAUCUUACAUCUUGGCCACCAAUAG